GAUGGCGAGGAAGGAGGAUGGCGAGGAAGGAGAGUGGCGAAGGAAGAGGAUGGCGAAGGAGGACAUCGCGCAUGGAGGACAUCGCGCAUGGAGGACAUCGCGCAUGGAGGACAUCGCGCAUGGAGAACGGAGGAGACCAGAAAUAGUGGACAUUGAUCCAGUAUGGUCGAGGUGGCUGAUCGGCCACCGGCAGGGUGAGGUGGUGCAUCGGUGA